CAGGGUCUGUGUCAGAAAGGGGGCGUUUCUGUCACUUGUGUAUGUUGCUUUGUUACAUAAAGGUUAGAAACUGGUCUGAGCAAUGCCCUUGGUGUGAGCUGGUCUGGGAGCACUGGCCACCAGUAAAGAUCACACUCGAUCCUGAAUUAUCCGAAGAAACAUCUGGUGUGGUGUUAUUGCACAGAAAGAUGGCGUCUUCCCUGCUGAGGAUAGGACGACUGUGCUCUGUCAAGUGUAUGCAGGCUGAGAGCUGGCGCACUCUUAGCAGAGCUCCUGUUGCAGCUGCAUCCUUUAGCACAAAAUCUGGGGGAUCAAAGAAGUCUUCAAAAAAGAACAACUCAGAAAAAAGCCAGCCUAAAACGUACUUCGAUAUAGAGAAACUUGUCCAGCACAGAACAUAUGUGGAAUUCCCCAAGAAAGAAGUUUCUUCAGCUGCAGCCAUUGCAGCAGCAGAGGCUGCAGCUGCUCCUAAACCUGCAGCAGAGCCAGUUGCUGCUGCUGCAGCUGAGGCUGUGGUCACCACCCCUGCCGUGGAAGCUGCUGCCCCAGCAGCUGAAGCCACUCCCGUUGUAGAAGCAGUUUCUGAAGCUGCCCCAGCAGUGGAAGCCACACCUGUUGUUGAAACUGCUCCUAUUGUAGAAGCGGUUUCUGAAACGGCCUCAGCAGUGGAAGCCACUCCUGUUGUCGAAGCUGUUGCCGAAGCUGCUUCCCCUCUUGCUGAGGCCUCUGCUCCUGCACCUGAAACCGUUGCUGCUGAAGCUGCCCCUGAAACACCUGUAGCUGAAACUCCUGCUCCAGUUGCUGAAGCCCCUGUUGAAGCUGCUGCUGCCUCAGAAGUAUCAGUGGAAGGCCCUGCUGUUGAAGCUGUACCAGCCCCUGAAGCAUCUCCUGCUGAGGCUCCUGCAGCUGAAGCUGCCCCUGAAGCUCCAUUGGCUGAGGCCGCACCUGCUGCUGAAGCUCCUAUUGAAGCUGCUCCUGAGGCCCCUGCCGCAGAAGCUGCACCAGUUGUGGAAGCUGCUCCUGAAAGUGCACCUGCUGAAACCCCUGCAGAGGUUGUAGAGCCUGUGGCUGAAGCUGCUCCCGCUGAAGCCCCUGCUGAAGUUGUAGAGCCUGUGGCUGAAGCUGCUCCUGCUGAAGCCCCUGUUGAAGUUGUAGAGCCUGUGGCUGAAGCUGCUCCUGCUGAAGCCCCUGCUGAAGUUGUAGAGCCUGUGGCUGAAGCUGCUCCUGCUGAAGCCCCUGUUGAAGUUGUAGAGCCUGUGGCUGAAGCCGCUCCUGCAGAAGCCGCAGCAGAGCCGGUGGCUGCUGAGGCUGCAGCUGAAGUGGCUGCCCCUGUGGAGAGCGCUGAGGAGCUGGUAGACCCUGCUCCAGUUGUAGCUGAAGCUGCAGGAGAGGAGCUGCACGCAGAAGCCCCAGCUGAACCUGAGCCGGUUGAACCGUCUGAGGGUCAUUUGGACCCGAUUCAGAAGCUGUUCCUGGAUUCCAUACGCACGUACUCCACAAAGAGCCACACUGCUGGUGGACCAGUUGAUGCAGGUGCUGACUACCAGAAGGCCCUGGCAGAGGAGAUUGCAAAGCUCCAGAGGCUCUACGGUGGUGGUGACCUCACAUCUUUCCCAGAGUUCAAAUUCACAGAGCCCAAGUUGGAUGAAGUGUCCUCUAAGUGAACACCAGCACCUUGCAGCUUUUCUAUUGUCGCCUCCUCCUUUAUACCUGUGCUACAACGUGGACGUUGAACUAACCAGUAGCCAAUUCACUGUGUCAGUUAGAAAAAAACAACAACCUUUCUUCAACUUUUUUUUAUGUGACAAUAGAGCCAUUUCAGUCCCAAGAUGUUUUAUGGGAAUCAAAGCCAAUGUAUUAAAUGUAUGUUUCUGGAAGACAAGGUGAGCUUAUAGCUGUGAAUUCUGCUUUUGUGUAGAUUGAUUCAGGAACGAGCUGGAUGUGGAUGAAACAUAAUAAAAUCCAGUUCAUAUUUGUGCUA